AUGGAGAAUGUAGAUGCGCCCUCAUCGCCGACCCCGCAGUUGGCAGAUCCCGUUCUGACUUCCGCCGCGAGCUCCGACGUGUCGAGCUCCGAAGAGCAUCUCCUCCGUAUCCUCGACGCCCCCCAUCUCGUCGUGCGUCUGAUCCAGUGCCAGCACUGUUCUCGCCCUCUACACACUCCGCUCCGACUCCCAUGCGGUAAUACGAUAUGCCGAUCGUGUCUACCGGCAGUUCGCCCCCGCACGGGCAUCACAUACCCAGUGGCGGAGGGCAGAGAAGAGGGAUUUACAUGCUACUGGGCAGGGACUAGCAAUUGCGUUGGCGAGCAUUGUGUAGGGGACUGCGGGGUAGAUGUCGUAUUGUCUAAUGUGCUUGGGCUCUUCCAGGAGGCACUAGCAUUUCCCAUGACGCAUGCCGAAGCGCCUGGAAAUUCAGACGCUAGCGGUCGCAUUGUUCAUUGGAAGGUCGAUCAGAAGGAAACAAACUCUAUGGAGGCUCAGAGUGCCACUCUGAGUCAACGUGGGUGGCUAUGGGGCUUGUACCUUCUCGCCUGGGAAGGCCAGCUUCCCUAUAGAGCAACAGAUGUCGUUUAUGAAAGCUCCACAGAGAGCGCAGACGAGCUUAUUCAUCAGCAAGACGAUCAGGUUCGCUUCGAGAAGCUCAGAGACAAGCUCCGUGCGGAAGUAGAUUGCCAAGUCUGUUAUUCUCUUAUCUUGGACCCCCUGACGACUCCCUGCGGCCAUACCUUUUGUCGAAAGUGCGUGGCGCGGGUUCUAGAUCAUACCGAUCUGUGUCCGGUCUGCCGACGAAAGGUAGGCAUGCCGGUUGCUGUUCAAUCGGAGCCUUUGAAUCGCACCAUCACUCAGAUCAUCAAUCACUUCUUUGCUGAUCAGGUUGCGGCUCGGCGCGAGGCUGAUGCAGAGGAUGAGUCUGGAGGGGAUCAGGAGAAAGAUCUGCCCCUCUUUGUAUGCACUCUAUCGUUCCCGACUAUGCCGACUUUCUUGCAUAUCUUCGAGCCUCGAUAUCGGCUCAUGAUUCGCCGUGUCGUGGAGAGUGGAAAUGGCAAGUUUGGCAUGGUCAUGUAUAACCGGCGGGGCCGAGAGCAGGGAGAUGGACUAGGUAGUACGACCUUUAUGCAAUAUGGCACCCUGCUCAUGGUUGAACGCUAUGAAUUGUUGCCGGACGGACGCAGUCUCGUGAUUGCUACGGGCGUAUCACGAUUCAAGGUCCUUGAGGCCGGCGAACUAGACGGCUAUCAUGUUGCGAAAACGGAGCGUGUUGAUGACAUCUCUUUGGCGGAGGAAGAGAGGCUGGAAGCAAUGGAAACAGCGGCCUCUGCGAUCCCAGAUCCAACAGAUCCAGUCACUACCGAACCUCCCUUGGAUUCCAUGUCGACCCAGGAACUCCUCGAUCUCUCACGCGAUUUUAUUCGUAACCAGCGACAAUCCGGUGCCCCAUGGCUUCAUCCACGUGUGAUGCUGGCCUAUGGGCCCGUCCCGACAGAUGCGGCCCGCUUUCCUUGGUGGUUCGCCAGUAUUUUGCCCAUCGCUGAGGAAGAAAAAUACCCCAUUCUCUCGGCAGUAAGUGUCAGAGAGCGACUGAAGAUCUCAGCGCGAUGGGCUCGAGAGCUGGAAUCUCGAGACUGGUCUACCCAUUCAUCACUCAACUCCGUCUUAUGA